GGACAUUAAAGAAGCAUCACGGCGGCUGAUGUGGAAGCGCAUAUGGCUGCGCCGAAUAGACUAAGGGUGCGCUGUCUUUCGGCRCCGUAGAUACCCACAGUUUUAUCAUCGUUGGCAAUUUUUUGAUCGUUCUUUUUGCUGUUAGAAGCGCUUGCGAGAAUUCGCUGUUUUAGGCCCGCUGCUACAGCUGUCAAUGCCCAGCAAAUCACCCCUCCAUAAACAGGAGCCUUUCGAGUCCAGGUGAUCCCUACACCUACUCCKGUUGCUAACGCGACGGAAACAUGUCCCAGCAACGCAACRGCGCGGGCGGUCGCGUUCUUSCUGUUGUCGUCUGUCGCCAUCGCGAACAUCCCGUUGAGAUUUACGAGGGAAGCGGCGGUCGUCCAUCCAAAGUGAAGMGACAGCGGMAAAAAGUAGAGAGCGUAUUCGAAAGCCGAAUAAGACCUCGAUGCAUGCUGGUGGAUGCUGCUGGCAAAUGCUCUGUGACAGACGGAGAGCGAUGCCGCAGUCCCGGCCAGGUUUGCUACCGAGAUGUACCUGUAGAUCCCCUUUUCGUACUUGGGCCUAAAGGAGGCCGCCCACAGGCUCUGAAAGAUUUGUGUCAAAAGAUACGGGCCAGCUAUCUCUCGAAGUGCCCGCUCUACCACGGGAGACACAGAACCUGGUGCAAGGAAUGGAACAGUCACCAUCAAUAGCUCACCCAGAAAGAUGGGUGCCCAGAUGAUAAAUGCCCAUGGUGCCGGCGGCACAAGGGUUCGGCCCCUCGAGGUUCCCAUUUGUUCCAUUCCUUUUUGUGCGGCAUCUUUGUCUCUGCUGCUCGCUUUUGACUUGCUGUCGCCUUCUUCACCAUUUACGGAGGCAGCACCGUCGUAUCUACCGGGCUGGGACACACUGUACAUAGAAAGCCCGUAUGAGAAAGCAUUUAUUCCCUUUAGAGCGACAAAGGGAACGGAGGCGCUAUUGAGAACCAACGGAUUCUUUGCCGCACACAGAAGCCCAUAGCAUCCGGCGGUGAGAGCACCGACCAGAGGUGGAGAAUUCAGUACCUCUAGACUCAUUAUAUUGGAUGGAUUUCUCUUGCUGCUCUAGUGGCAAACGUUGGGAUUCCUGCUUCUAUAUUCCUAUCCUAUCUUGUAUCCGGCUUCGGUAUAUCGAUUCCGGGAAAAUGGAUGCCCGGUCGUUCAUUGAUUAUAUCUCAGUGCCGUAUCUUUCGCAGCAAAUAUUGUCGACGAGACGUGUUGGUCACGAAUCCAGAUUCAAUUCAACGCGUUGCAAUUUUGAAAUUACGAUACGGUACGAUCGAUGACGACUGAGUCGUCAAAAACUAAAAAACAGUACCGUACGAAACGGAUGGUAACUAGUACUUUGUACGUACGUACGUACCUACCCACGUAGUGUACUAAUCAUCUUCUAUUGCACCAACGUCCUGCCAGCGUAAUGUCCUACUUUACAAUACAAGUACGUACAUGCGGUACCGGUACGUCCGGUACCGUAGUCAAACCCGAUGAUGAUUCACACUGGAUUCAAAUUCGUUCCGAAAUAAACAAGUCUUGGAUUGUUAAAAAGAGGUUUUAGUCAUGUACCGUACGGUAUGCAAUCCACCGGAUAAAAACACCAACAGUUUUAACUAUUCCAGUACACGCGAUCKCUCUCAUCUACGCUACAUUACAGCAACAACGCAUGCUAUCAACCACCAUGCGYUGAGUACGCACCAUCAUUCACUGCAUGUCUUAAAAAAUAGAAAACCGUUGCGGUUACGUAUUUAAUAAAAAAUGAMRCUCCUUUUGGCGCCAAAAAUAUCAACUUCAACAUUCAGCCAUAAUAAAAGUACUGGUCCGUCAAUCAUCAUUAAUCGAGAGGAAGAAGUUAGAAUUUAGAAUCCUGUAGGAUUUAUUAUCUUGUUGACWAAGGCCUCAAAAAUACCGGGUAGAAGUACUAAACGCGCUUACUUAUUCUUGUCGAAAUACGAGUACCGUGUCACAAGUACUACUUCGUACAGAUAAUUUUCAAACGACGUUACUGUUAUGGGUGCAAUGCAUGCGGAUUCUGUAGCAUACACGUCCAAUUUUUGACGACACGGAAGGAAAACAACUYUACAGYGUUACAUCGCAAAGCGAACACGUCAAAUCCGAUUACAAGAUAUUCUGCAUUUCUUCACAAUCGAAUCUUUUGAAGAAUUCCACCAUGACGAAUUGUACUCCUAUAAGACGCGACAGUUUUCCUAGAAAACUGAUGCGUUUCUUCCUCUUUCUCUUGAUCGCAAUGGCGACCGAAGGGAAGUCGCUCCGAGUAGAAGAGCCAAGCGCGAAAGAGGUCAAGCUGCCGUUUUCCCCRCAGAGCAGACGUGAAACUCAAGAACGCGACGACGAUGACAAUUAUGCGUGCUCACUCUGCCAGGGACUGACCCUGUUGGCCGACAAGAUCCCGCAGGAGAACGMAACGUGCGCCGAAAUGGAUUUUUAUUUUCGGCAGCCCGAGUUUAAAAAUUUGGGACACGCGGGCUUUGCGGGAAAUGGAGAGAACGCAACCAACAACAACCCCGGUACAUGCCGUGCGGAUUUUUUAUUUGGUAUCUUUUUCGAACAAUGCUGCAGAGCAUCGAUUCCGGUGUACGAAUGCGAACAAAACGUCCACGACCUUAUUUUGGGCGACCUCAAAACCAACAACUAUAAUCCAGCGGUUCCUCCCAUCAUGGAUUAUGACAACCCGCUGAACGUCAGUGUUUAUCUUCAGCACGAGCAAUUAGAGGAUCUCAAGGUAGAACAAGGCACUGCGACUAUUUUCUUGUCGCUGACACUAAAAUGGAUGGAUUCUAGGUUGAAAUGGGACAUCGAAGAUAACAAUACUUGCACAAACGUCAUUGAUGUCUACACAGGUAUGUAUGAAAACAUUAUUUUUUUGAGUAUAGGCCAUCAAGCCAUAAUGUAACAAAGCAAAUUCCACCGACUGGUUCCGCUUCCUCUCCACCACUCAUCGAUGCUGUCGCGAUCUUUAUGAUACAAUAUAAACAUUUUACUUUCGACAGGCCACGAUAUAGAGACAUCUCAGAUAUGGGUACGUACUGCUAUUUCCAUAAGCCAUGAUUGAUUUUUCCGCAUUUUAUUUUGAAAAAAGCGCUUCAAAUGCCUUCAAGUCACUCAUCUGUGACGUUUGAUUUCUCUGUUGAAAUUUUCAGGUUCCCAAUCUAGAUGUCUUAAACAGAAUUGAAGGUGUCCAAACAAUGACAGAUUCAAAAGCAAGUAUCUUUAGUGAUGGGACAGUCCACUGGUAUUUAAUGGGUGGGGUGGAAGUAUUCUGUGCAUUUAGAGGGUUGGCGAACAUUCCGUUUGAUACGCUUGGCUGCCAACUUMUGUUCGGGUCCCAAACGCGARUGGGAUCUAGUGCAGUAAAUUACGUCAUUGAGGUACCGGAGUUCGUGUAUUAUGGUGCUUUCGAGGGUAAGAAUGGAUCGCAUUUGUAUAGGUCUUUCCGAUAGAUGACUCCAAGACUCGCACCAGKCGAAACAAACUGAUUUUCCUUUUGUUCAAAACACUUCCUUKUUCGUUUCUAGUCACGUAUAAUGAAUGGCAACCGGUUCCUGAAAAGGCCAAACAAGGAUAUUCAUUUGAUGACGGAGUUAUUGUAUACAAUUUUUGGUAUAGAAGAGCAACCUUGCAUUACAUACAAAACAUCGUGGUGCGUAUCGCAUUUUGCGUGGGUUUGGUAGUCAGCCACUUACCAAAAAUCCCCUCCRGUGUUGUUUCGGAWUCCAAUAUUACUWCGCGGUGUACUCYACUACCACUCACCAACUUGUGUUUGCGAACUUGCCACUCAACUGAAACGAUUUGUUCCAUGCUGUUAUUACUGAACGAAUCGCUCGAUCGACGAYCUAAUUUACGGUAUAGGUACCAACCGUCAUUUUGACAUACCUCAGCUUCUUUACAUUCUUAUUGGAUUUGCGCGUCGGCGAGCGAUUGGGAUUUGGAAUGGCUCUUGCAUUGGUCGUCGUGGCUCAACAGAUUGUUACCAGUGGAAUGACUCCGAUUUCAGACCAGCACUUGUGGCUGGACAGAUUUGUGGCUUAUUCUUUUUAUUGGGUUCUAUUUGGCGUUAUCCAAAGUGYUUGCAUGGGAUUCUUGUUUUAUCUUCGCGAAGACCGGCAAGCUAGAAAAGAAAGAAAGGUGCUUGAAGCGAUGACCCCAGGACAGCGCGCAUCCAUGAUGCAACGAGCAGCCCUGGAAAUAACAGAAGGAGAAGAAGAAGAAGAAGGUCUUUUGAACAAAAUCGAAAACGAGAGCCAGCAGGAAGAGUUCCAAGAUGCAAGGAAGGAUUCGUCAUCGAAGAUUGUGAAAUCAGAAGAAAGUUGGAAAGRCAAUUCAUUGAAUGGCAUUCGGGUAGAAGAGAAAGACGAUUGCGCCGUCAAGGAAGUUUCGGAGAAAUGCUGUUCCUUCAUUUUGUUCAAAUUUUCCAUUCGAAAACUGGAUUUCAUUUGUUUGGUUUUCGCCCUGAUUAGCUACACGGGGUUUGUCAUUGGCAUGCUUUAUACAGGACAGAAUGGAGGUUGGCCGGCAACCGAACCACUCUGGUUUGAUGAGGAGGCUACACUCGAACAAUCAAUUAAUUCAUAUCCCAAUCAAAAUUGAAACGAAAUGAUCUUCGAACGCAUUCAAAUUUAAUAGCAUUAAUAGCAACAAAUAUGUGGUGUUUUUCAUAUUCAUGGUUACUGUGAAACAAAGACAACURUUCGCU